CGGGCCUGCAGUUUGAGACCCCUUGCUGUAGAGGUGUACAUAACAAUCACAGCAGUCGAAGUUUUAAAGUGAAACUGUUCAAGUCUGGACGGGCGUGGCUUGUCGGUUUCGUCUUUUGCAUCCAUAUGCAAGUCUGAUCAGAUGUAGCCAGGUGUUAUCAAUGACACAGGGCGUCACAGACUAGAUUAUUCUGCUCGAUCUAAACGUUUUCACAGUUGCAAAGGAGGGACACACGUUGAAACGACAGUCGAGGUUUCCUGCUCGCAGCGUUUGCUGUAAACGUUAGCCUAUCAGAUCGAAGUUCAUGUCUCCAAACUGUAUCAUGACAUGAAGAUUUUAUCAAGAGGCGAUAAUACUCCGGGAUGGGUGUAAAAUAUUCGGGGCCUGAUCGACCCAACGGCGCCUCUGGUAGUAUUCACAUAACUGAAAGUAUAACGCUUUAAACCAUGUCUGCCCAUUAACAGUGACAACGUCAACGAACAUGGCGGACUCAGCCAUACUAUCUGUGAAAAAUCCUCACAAACCUGGGCUUGUGGAUUUUGUCCAUGACAGCACAGCAUCAAAGCCAGUCAACAUAAAAACCGAGUUUGAUGAGGUUCCCGUCGACUCUUCUCCAGCAGCAUGUCAGAACGUUCAAGACCUGGAAGUAACGUCUAAGGAGGUCAAAGCUGAAGGGGACUGGCUUGAAACCAUGAUGUGCUCUACACCAUCUGUGAACAUAGACAACACUUUGAUUGACCUGAAGUGUGAGGCUUUCAAAUCAGAGACGGAGGGGUUUGACAGUUAUCCGUCAUCCUCUUCUCUCAACACAGAACCUUUUCUCCAGAAGAAGAGGCAAAACAUAAAAUCAGACAUGGAUCACCUCGAAAAUAUUGAUUCUGUGCAGGACAUCAAAUCAACAUUGAGAGAAAGGUAUAAACCAAAACCAAGGAGAACAUUUGAAUGUGAUCAAUGUGGACUCAUAUUUGGGCGUAAAGAUAAUUUCAUUGUCCACACGUAUAUUCACACGGGUAAAAAGCCACACAGUUGUUCAGUUUGUCUGAAAAGCUUCUCACGAGCUGAUGGUCUUGCUGUGCAUAUGAGGUUUCAUACAGGGGAGAGGCCUUAUAAAUGUGAUCAGUGUGGAAAGGACUUUAUCACGAGUGCACACUUUAAAGAGCACCAGUUCACUCAUACAGGGACCAAACCGUAUGCUUGUCAACACUGUGAUAAAAGCUUUGCCCAUCCCAAUGAUCUUACCAAACACCAGAGGAUACAUACAGGGGAGAGGCCAUAUCCCUGUGCAAAAUGUGGGAUGUCAUUCAGGCGCUCUCAGACCUUACGCAAUCGUGUUUUCAGAAAACAUGAACGCAAAGUAUCUUUUCCUUGCUCUAACUGCACAAAGGUCUUCAAGACUGAAGGGCGUUUAGAACAGCAUCUCAGGUCUCACUGUAAUAAGAAACACUCAAGGAAGUAAGCAGAAUGUUACACAAGAUAAUCUUAUCUUAACCUGGAGGGUCACUUUAAUGGAGUUACAAUGGACAAGUUAAAAAUGUGUUUUAGAAUUAAAACUGGCCUAUGCUAAUGGGAAUGUUUGAUGUUUAUGACCCCUCACCCAACCCUCCCACACAUAUAUGCUCAGGUACUGUAGUUUGUGUUGUAGUUUUUUAUUAUCAAGUUUCUUUGACCUGAAAUAUUUUCUUGUCCAGGAAAUAAACAAAACAGCAGUUCAGCAUUUAACUUAAGAGUUGUAAAAAGAACUAAUGGGGAUUUUUUUUUUUACAUCAGUGCUGUGUUUACCGAAUAAAAGCAUUAUAUCUUGGUUUUUUUUACACAGCGCCUGUCUAUUGUCAUCAUUCUAAGACAUGUAUAUAAUGUAUUAAGUUAGAACUUUUAGUGUCUUAAGUUUGUCUUUUCCUCUUCGAUAUAAGCUUUGAAACCAGACCGAUAAUAAACAUUGACAUAAAGAUAUGAGUAUAUGAGUUUAGGGUUCCAUACCUGAUGGAGAAAUGUAAAAUCUUUUCUAUAAUCAUUUGCCGUUGGUUGUUGAAACAUGGCUUUUCUGUCUCUGUUUGUGUGCUUAAAAGUGUACAUUCUGUGUGUUUAAGCGAGAGCUGAUAAGAAGAUCUAAUAGUCCUUCUAUCCUACAUUAUAGACGCAAACGUUGCAAAAAUUAUAGUAAGAUGACCUUGGACGUGGGGACCCAUCAUGUGGUUAUCUCUGCUGACAUAUUGUUUUGGCGUCAGAGACACCAACUUCAACCUAUAUAA